AUGGGGCCUUCUCAGCUUGUCCGUGCCCCUCGGCCCCAGGGCUUACGUUCCCCUUACCGCAGGCCAGGUAUGGGCUGGCCUCGGCCCAGGUUUCCCAAGAUGUUCAAGUGUAGCCGCAGAAGGUACCGGCAGAAACCCCAAAGCCCAACUGCCACCACUGCAGCCACCAAUCUUGCCACCAUGGCCAGAGAUAUCAACAACACCCACAAUGUCACCACCAAUGUGUGGAUCCUUCCACUGCAAGUUCUCAGACGCCUCUGUCAACCUGGCAGCUUUCUGAUCCUCUAG